AAGAGAGAGAGAGAGAAAAAGAGAAGCGCACACACACACUUCGAUGCUGGAGUGUUGUACAGCAUCCCUACUCUCGACAGGAAUCUGUGCCCCGCAUCGUUGAAAGAGGCAUGCAGCAGUGUCGAAGUGCUGCGAAUAUCAGACCGUAGUGGUUGCCCUGACGGUCAAGCAAAUGGCAAGUGCCAGUUGCUCCGCAGCGCUCGCUACGGUUAGUCACGGUACGUUUGGUUCUGGCCUCUACUGCCGGAAAGUACUUUCCCGGUCAUUUUUCUAUCGGCGAUCGUCCAGUAUAUAUCCGUACGAAAUUCGGGAGACCGUUCGUCCUAGGAGGCCGAGCAGUCUCGCGGCCAGCGGGAAUACGUUGCCGGAGUAAAAAAGAAAAAAAAAAUAAAUUAAUACAUGCCGUGCCGCUGGGAACGUGGAAAUGUAGUGGAGUGCACGUAUAUAUGAACAGUGUCGCGUGUAGGCGUGUUUUUCGGACAAGUUCUCUCGGUCUUUCAUCAUUCCUCGAAAACGCAUCGAAAGGACUCCCGAGAACGCGAUGAUGUUCUCGAUGAUGCGCGUUGCUGUGUUCCUGUCGCUUAUUGUUGAUCUCCAUGCAGCGACUAACACAGUGACAUCAGCCAAGGAGGAAUGCAGAAAAAGAAUAGCUGAAUGCAUGAUGAAUGGUGGUGGAAGCACACCAGUAUGCGGAAGUGACGGAAUCACAUACUCCUCGCAGUGUCAAGUCAUUUCUAAGCAGUGUCAUGGCAUGUCCAUUCUUAUAAAACAUACUGGACCUUGCCCAGAGACACCAGUGUGCCUGUCAGCAAGACUGACCGCCCGACCAAGCGCACGGCCUGUUUGUCGGCCUGAUGGGACAUAUGCACCGAUCCAAUGCCACAUGGAAACUGGCUAUUGUUGGUGUGUAACACCGCAGGGUCGACCAUUGCCUGACACAUCGAUAAGGGGUGACAAACCGAAGUGUUCGAAAUCCGGUUCCCAAUCUGUUGCGUCUACUAGAAGCAGUCAAAAACGGCGUUCCCCGAGUACGAAGCAACGCAGACAAUAUGUCAGCAACAGGCAUCGGAAUACCUGCAAUCGCACUGAAAAAUCAAAAUUUAACGGAAAUCUAAUCGAGAACUUUAACAUUGAAUAUAUGCGGGUUAACAAAUCUAAUGAUGGAGAAAAAAAUGUCGAGCAGGUGCUGUCGUGGAAGUUUGUGAUCUUGGACAAAAAUGGAGACGGCUUCUUAGAUAGAGCAGAGUACAAGGAACUCAAAAGGCUUGCAAAGACAGCAAUAAAGCCGAAGAAGUGUGUCCGCACAUUCGCCCGUACAUGUGACUUAAAUCGCGAUUUAAAGCUGUCCAGGCAAGAAUGGGGUGCUUGUCUCGCAAAUGAUUUUACUCUUUUAAAAGGUAGUCCAGCAUCAAUUCAUACUCCACCAAUAUUUAAUGAAGAUCUCCCGAAUACUAAGGAGGAGAAAGAUGCGAAUGAUUGUCUAUCGGAUAGAAGAUCAGUACUGGAAGAUCAGAAACAAAAUUCGAACGAGAAAUUUUAUGUUCCGCAAUGUACAUCCGAUGGAAGAUAUCAUCGAAUACAGUGUUACUCGGGUUAUUGUUGGUGCGUACAUCAAGAUACUGGUAAACCAAUACCAGGCACUUCUUCAAAGGAUGGAACGCCAAACUGUAAUCCAGUUCCGACUCCCAGCAGACCUAUGAAAGGAUGUCCGGAAUGGAAGAAACGACUAUUCCUUCGGGAUUUAAUGGACUUCAUGCAAAAGGAAAUGGUCGCAUCCAACAACGAUUCCGAUGAAACUACCGUUAAAUGGAAGGUUUCUAAGGAGGAAAGAAUUGCUACAUGGCAUUUUGUGAUGCUCGAUAAAAAUAAAAACAAGAUUUUAGAAAGAAAGGAAUGGAAAAACUUUCGCACAAUGGUAGCGAAUAAUGAACAGCUUCGUAGAUGCGGCAAGAAGUUACCAAGAUAUUGUGAUAUUAAUAAUGACAGAAGGAUCAGUAUGACAGAAUGGUUCAGUUGUCUUAAUACUCAACGUUCAACAUCAGCUGACGAUCCAGAAAAAAUGUCGACGAGUAAACCGAAGAGAAUGGGUCCAAAUCCAUUAGAUCAAUUUCUCAACGAUGAUGACUAGUAAUAUAAUAUACGAUAAUAAAUUGUAAUUAUCAUUUUAUAAAAAGGAACUCGCCGUUUUUAAAAUCUGUUUAAACUUUAGACUAGUUACUAUUUUUAAAAACCUUAAUUUGUAUCUUGUAACUAAUAAUAAAUAUGCUCUCCCCGUCCCAUGAAAAAAUGACUUCGGUUUAUAUAUCUAAUAAGAUGCAAGAUAGAAAAAUUGAUUAUUAAAUUGCAACAUAAUUAUUCUUUUAAUUCAAUAAAUUUAUUUGCAUUAAUAUAAAUAUAUUGGCAACAAUUGACUCACUAACUAAAGUUGAGAUCAUUUUCUCAUGGGUAACCGAUUGAUGUAUAGUAUUAGUUCUUACUUAACCGCAUGAGUGCCACGAGUAAUUGUAGUAAAGGUAGUCGAAAAGUGCCAAGUGCGGCGCAAUCGCGCUGUUCGUAUUUCAUGUCGAGAAAUGCCUAACGCAAUCGCGCUAUUUUAUUUUAUUUGUGCGUGCGUGCGUGCAUAUGACUUAGCGGAAUGUUGCUGCCGUCGAAUAAGGGGAUGGCCUCAACCGUAUAUUUCAACGGGAUGAGCCACGGAGGAAAAACGAAAGAAAA